AGACUUGCUUGCGGUUAAGAAUCACGUAAAAUUCUUCCACGUCGAUCGCAUUAAUUAAUUGGCAUGUCAUGGUUGACGGUGUUAAGUAAUACCCAAUUUCCGACCAUUAACCGAACAGUGUUUAGAGUGCGGUGAAAAUCUCUAACCAAGAAGUUUUGUUGUGGUAUUCCUCAGAGAACAGAAUGACAUCAAGUUAACGUCUGCAAGGAAGUAUUGAAAAAGACCGGUGUGCAGGCUAAGAAAUAUUAAAAAAAUAAGAUGAAUACCUUUAGAAAAAACUACAGAGUGGGGUCAAGGGAAAGCCAGCUGGCCAUGGUCCAGACUAAAUGGGUUGUCAGCACACUGGAAAAAUUGCAUCCCGAUUUAUCGUUUGAAAUCAUCGGGAUGAGUACAACUGGGGAUAAGAUUUUGGAUGUAGCACUGUCAAAAAUCGGCGAUAAGGGUUUAUUCACGAAAGAAUUGGAGACUGCUCUAGAAAAUGAAGAUAUUGACUUUGUCGUACAUUCGUUGAAAGAUUUGCCAACUCAACUUCCCGAACAUCUUACGAUUGCCACGAUUUCAAAACGUGAAGAUCCAAGAGAUGCGGUUUUGUUUAAAUCUACAAUGAGCUCAAAUGUAAAGACAUUAGGAGAUUUGUCUCCCGGGAGCGUUGUCGGGACAAGUUCGCCACGUCGAAUUGCUCAACUAAAAAAGCACAAUCCACACUUGUCAUUUAUGGAUGUGAGAGGAAAUUUAAACACACGGGUUAGAAAGCUGGACGACCCACAGGGACCAUAUUCUGCCCUAAUCCUGGCAGCCGCUGGGGUCAACCGGAUGGGGUGGCAGCGUCGGAUAGGACAAUUCCUCGAGUGGGAGGAUUGCAUGCAUGCUGUUGGACAAGGGGCUUUGGCUAUUGAAUGUAGAAAUGACAAGCUAGAUGUUCUUCAUAUACUCGAAUCCCUUAAUGAUCCAGCAACCUACUUCCGCUGCAUUGCUGAACGAGCCUUCCUUAGAACUUUGGAGGGCGGUUGUUCCAUUCCUGUGGCUGUUUAUUCUGAAUUACAAGUGGAGAAUAAUGGCGAUGCAUUCCUUACCCUCAGAGGCUCUGUAUGGAGUUUGGAUGGUUCCAAAUGUAUCGUAGACAAACUGGUGAAAAAUCUUAACCUGAGUCCUGCUGUUGAAAACUCAUCGAAUGGCAGUAAAGAUAAAUCUGGCCUGACAUCUGUUUACCCUUGGAAAUUUCAUCAAUUUUCCAAUGAUAGCCACUGUGUUGCUGCCACAGUCGGCGUCUUGUUGGGAGAAAGUUUACUACAAAAUGGUGCUAAAGAGAUAUUGGACGAAGUAAAAUCUCAGUCCCUUAAAUAGUGACAAUUAGUAGAGUAUAAAUCAUUAUUAAUUAUGUAGUUUUUAAAUACGUGUGCGACGUGUAAUGUUUGUAAUAAAUACUUUUAUUUUUUGUCUGGAACAUA